AUGAAGUUUAACGCUGUCACCACCGCUGCUGUGUCGGCGGCUCUGCUCGCCAGCGCGCAUGCCGAGGAGGUCGCUGACGAGGCUUCGCCUGCUGUUCCCGAGCUGUCCACCUUCACUCCUACCACCCUCAAGGCCGACUUCCUUGAGCAGUUCACCGAUGAUUGGGAGCAGCGAUGGAAGCCCUCCCACGCGAAGAAGGAUGCCUCCGGCUCCGACAAGGAUGAGGAAUGGGCAUAUGUUGGCGAGUGGUCCGUCGAGGAGCCCGUCAAGUUCAAGGGAAUGGAGGGCGACAAGGGUCUUGUUGUCAAGAACCCUGCCGCUCACCACGCCAUCUCGGCCAAGUUUCCCAAGCAGAUCGACAACAAGGGCAAGACCCUCGUUGUUCAGUACGAGGUCAAGCUUCAGAAUGGCCUCGAGUGUGGUGGUGCCUACCUGAAGCUCCUCCGGGACAACAAGGCCCUGCACCAGGAGGAGUUCGCCAACACGACUCCCUACGUCAUCAUGUUCGGUCCGGAUAAGUGUGGCCACACCAACAAGGUUCACUUUAUCUUCAACCACAAGAACCCCAAGACUGGCGAGUACGAGGAGAAGCACUUGAGCACUCCUCCCACUGCCAAGAUCGUCAAGACGACCGAGCUCUACACCCUGAUCGUCAACCCCGACAACACCUACGUCAUUAAGCAGAAUGGCGAGGAGGUCAAGACCGGCAGCCUCCUGGAGGACUUCAGCCCCUCCGUCAACCCCCCGGAGGAGAUUGAGGAUGCUGAUGACAGCAAGCCCGAGGACUGGGUUGACCAGGCCCGAAUCCCCGACCCCGAGGCUUCCAAGCCUGAGGACUGGGAUGAGGAUGCGCCUUAUGAGGUUGUCGAUGAGGAGGCUACCAAGCCCGAGGACUGGCUCGAGAAUGAGGCCAUCACCGUCCCCAACCCUGAGGCUGAGAAGCCCGAGGACUGGGAUGACGAGGAGGAUGGUGACUGGGUCGCCCCCACUGUCCCCAACCCCAAGUGCGCUGACGUCUCUGGAUGCGGCCCCUGGACCAAGCCCAUGAAGAUGAACCCCGAGUACAAGGGCGUGUGGAGCGCCCCUCUGAUUGAGAACCCCGAGUACAAGGGUGUCUGGGCCCCUCGCAAGAUCAAGAACCCCAACUACUUUGAGGACAAGAACCCCGCCAACUUUGAGCCCAUGGGAGCUAUUGGCUUCGAGAUCUGGACUAUGCAGAGCGACAUUCUUUUCGACAACAUUUACAUUGGCCACUCCGUCGAGGAUGCCGAGAAGCUUGCUGAGGAGACCUUCAAGGUCAAGCAGCCCGUUGAGAAGGCUCUGGCCGAGGCCGAGAAGCCCAAGCCUUCGGACAAGGCCGACUCUCCUCUUGACCUCAAGUUCAUGGAUGACCCCGUCCUGUUCAUCAAGGAGAAGGUUGACCUCUUCGUCACCAUUGCCCAGAAGGAUCCCCUGCAGGCUGUCAAGUUUGUUCCCGAGGUUGCUGGUGGUAUUGCCGCUAUCUUGAUCUCCUUUAUUGCUCUCAUCGCCGCUCUCGUUGGUCUGGGUGGCUCGACCCCCGCUCCUGCGAAGGCUGCCGGUAAGAAGGCCGAGGACGUCAAGGACAAGGUCGCUGAGGCUACUACCACUGGCGCUGAGAAAGCCAAGGGAGAGGCUACCAAGCGCAACACCCGCAGUCAGUCGUAA